GAUUGGACCCCUUUCCUAUAGUCCUUGAUACUAUAAAAGACGACAGUUUCUUCUUCUCCUCAUCUCAAACUCAAUCAUCAUCCUCUUUUCUCUCAUUUGCUUUUGAAUUUCAAAACCAUCACAUAAUACUUUUGAAUCCAUCUCAAAAACUUUUUUAACUAUGGCGGACGAAACCAAGAACGUUACUGAGCAGGAGGUGCCAAAGGUAGCAACAGAGGAAUCAUCAUCGACAGAGGUUACUGAUCGUGGACUGUUCGAUUUCUUGGGAAAGAAGAAGGACGAAACUAAACCCGAAGAGACGACCAUCGACUCUGAGUUCGAGCAGAAGGUUCAUAUCUCUGAGCCAGCGCCAGAGGUUAUUAAAGUCGAGCACGAAGAGGAAGAGAAGAAGCCUAGUCUCCUUGAGAAGCUUCACAGAAGCGACAGUUCUUCUAGCUCUUCAAGCGAGGAAGUAGGUGAAGAUGGUGAGAAGAGGAAGAAGAAGAAGAAGGAUAAGAAGAAGACAACUACUGAAGUAGAGGUGAAAACAGAGGAGGAGAAGAAAGGGUUUAUGGAUAAACUGAAGGAGAAGCUUCCUGGACACGGUAAGAAGACAGAGGAUGCUUCAACCGUCGCUGCUGCUCCGGUGGUUACUCCUCAUCCGGUUGAGGAAGCACAUCCAGUGGAGAAGAAAGGGAUUCUUGAGAAGAUCAAGGAGAAGCUUCCAGGGUACCACCCCAAGACCACCGUAGAGGAAGAGAAGAAGGAUAAGGAAUAAGCAAAAAAAAAAGAUUAUGAUUAAAUAUUAUGAAUAAUGAUGGUUGAUUUGCUUUGUUUUUUUCUUUUUUCUUUUUCUAUUGUGAUGAUUGAUCAUCUUUUGCUUUUAUGAUGUUUAAGUUUGUUGGCUUUUUUGUUGAUUACAGUAUUCAUAUGUUUUCUCUUUCUCUUGUAUAUGGUUUAAAAAAAAAAACAAAAUUAUUUCAUGGUA